UGUUGAAUUGUACUGCAGUUGCGCGCGGCACAAUAUUGUUACGGUUGGUGACGCUAUUUGUAAAGAAAGAAAGAAGGAUGGAGAACAUAUAAAAAGAGAGAUGGAGGAGACACUUCCAUUUAGCCUCCACUUAAGCAAAUUGUAUUCGGUCAAAAGCUAACAUACGCGCGUAGCUAUAGUUUUAGUUUUGGAACCCGGAGGGUAGACUAACGUUAGCUAGUCAACAUCACCCUAUGUGAUCUUCCUUCCCCGCCGCAUGCUGCUACAGUCAGAGCCAGACAACAAAAUAGCUAAUCGCCAUUAUAUGACCCAGUACCUAGCGUCAGUAUUGCCCUCCAUGUGGGUGAGAGGCUUGUGUGUGUCAGAUUAUGGCGAGAAAAACAGUUAACAGGAAAAGGAAGGCAGGGGAGUCCAAGGACCAACAACAGGUGGGCUGGUGCCAGUCUGCAUACAAGCGGGCACGCGUGUCUUCCUCGUCCCGGCAUGCCCAGCAGUGGUGGCGUAGUCUGCGCUCGGUGGUGUACGCACUCCAGGGCCGUGAGAUUCGGCCUCAGCAGCAGCAUGAGUGGCGUCUCCAGCGAAGCUUGCGGGGCUUUGCUGCCGGCCGCCUCCCGGGCAUCCUGAAGGAGCGGGAGUUCUCCCUGGGCCGCCUCAACAAGGUGUUCGCCUCGCAGUGGCUCAAUCACCGCCAGGUGGUGUGUGGAACCAAGUGCAAUACGCUAUUUGUGGCAGAUGUUCUGACAGGGAAGAUUACACGCAUCCCCAUGCUGAAGGACCGGCAGGGCCAAGGAGGUGGCUCCGGGGGUGUUGGGGGGACAAUAGGGGCCCCCUUCCUCGGAAGUGGCUCAGUGUCCGGGCUGGAUCAGCAAGGCUGUGGGAUCCACGCCAUCGAGCUUAACCCCUCAGGCACUCUACUGGCCACGGGCGGAGACAACCCCAACAGCCUGGCUGUCUACCGUCUGCCCACCCUGGACCCCGUCUGCGUGGGAGAUGAUGGCCAUAAUGACUGGAUCUUCUCCAUUGCAUGGAUCAGCGACAGCAUGGCGGUGUCUGGGUCCCGGGACGGUUCCAUGGGACUGUGGGAGGUGUCCGAGGGGGUGCUGAGCCAGGCUAUGAGACAGCAGGAUGAGGAGGGGGUCCCCUGCUAUUCUCAUAUCUCCCACCGUGCCCUGGAGGACAUCCCCAAGGAAUACACUAACCCGUACAACUGCAAAGUGAGGGCCCUGGCCUUCAACAACAACCACAAGGAGCUUGGUGCAGUGUCCCUGGAUGGCUAUUUUCACCUUUGGAAGGCAGAGCAAAACUUGAGCAAGCUGCUGUCAACGAAGCUGCCUCACUGCAAAGAGAAUGUGUGUCUGGCGUAUGGUCAGGACUGGUCGGUGUACGCAGUGGGCUCUCAGGCCCAUGUGUCCUUCCUGGACCCCCGCCAGCCCACUCACAACAUCAAAUCAGUCAGUUCCCGGGAGAGAGGAAGCGAGGCAACACGAGGCAUCCGCUCUGUGAGUUUCUAUGAGCACAUAGUGACAGUGGGCACGGGACAGGGCUCCCUGCUGUUCUAUGAUAUUAGAGCCCAGAGGUUCUUGGAGGACCCUUCCAGCCUGGCCGGCGGGUUCCGGCAGCGCCCAGGAGAGGGCAUUCUUAAACUCACUACGGGGAAGGGCUGGCUGAAUCACGACGAGACGUGGAGGAGCUACUUCUCGGACAUUAACUCGUUCCCCAACGCUGUGUACACACACUGCUACGACGAUUCUGGCACCAAGCUGUUUGUGGCCGGCGGACCGCUGUGCUCGGGCCUUCACGGCAACUACGCAGGACUCUGGAGCUAGCCUUCUCUCGUGUCUCGCCAUCUCUCCUUACCCCACCCCAGUCCCCCUCUUUGCUCCUCCUUUUGGUGUUACACUCACUGUCAUCCCUUCAGUGUUGUCCGUCCCUCCCCUCACCAACAUGUAUCUCAUCACCAUCUCAUCUCUGUUGCAUCCCUCCAUCCUCCCUUGCACUUUGUCCUGUCUUAUUUCAGUUCCCUAUUCUCUGCUCCCCUUUUGUUUUAUAUAUAUUGAUGAUUAACCAGUGAUGUUGUAGCGAGCUGGGAGGUCUGCCUCUGAAACUCAAAUGAAAGUGUAACGUUUUAUUACAAUUUUCAACAGUCACAUACUCCAUGGAUUGGACAGUUUUUUUGUUUUUUUUUUUGUUUUUCCCUAAGGAAAGUUGUUUCCUUUGCUUGACAGUUUCCUUGCGUGGACAUUCGGGAGACUUUUCUCCUUCUCUCCAAAAAAAAGGGGGUAUGAUAAAAGAGGACAAUAAGUUCUUAAGGAUGGGACAAACAGGAGAAUACUUACACUUUUCUAAGAAACUUAGAGAGGACAUGCUCAUUGGCUGGUACUGGGCCACCCUGUGCCAUGGCAACUAAAGAGCCGUAGCGAUGGAAAAACUAUCCAAUCAGACGUAAGGUGAGAAGAAGCAGUGGAUUAGUACAACCAAUCAGAUAGCGCCGGUCACUUCUUUUUUUUGACUGAUGUGAAGGAGAGAUGACUGUAGAUUCUAAAUGCCACAUAGGUGUUCUGCUCUGAAAUAAUCAUGGAGACUGCUAAUUUUAUUUAGAUUCUGACUGCUUUGAAAAACUUACUAGUUGUUAUUAGCUUUAUUAUUUAUUCUCCCCCCCCCCCCUCUCAUGAUCACCCUUAGCUAUGGUCUUAGCCAGGGGUAUUCUACACCAGUCCCGUGCAGAACGCAGUGUCUUCUGGUUCUUCCCCCAGUUAGUGGUCUGGUUUUGGCAGUGGUUGUCCAGGGAGUCCCUUUGACUUUUGAUAGGCCAAGUGGAGUUGUUGGCCUUUUGCUGAGACAUUCCCAAUAGUAACGGGUCUGGGCCCGGUUUCCCCAAUGUAUCUUAAGGCUUGGUUCGUUGUUUGAACCUACGUAGGAGCAUUGUUAAAUGUCCGACCUGUUUCCCAAAACCAUCGUUACUGACGUUGCACUGGAAAAGGGUAGUUAUUUAACGACCACUCAUAGAACAGCAAAGUGCGUCUUUUUAAAUGUUUUUUUUGCCCUUCUGCGUCACUUCUUUAUAAACAGAUCUCCGCUCAACACAAAAUCAAGAUGUUUAUCUGUCUUUCUGUUACCACUGAUAACUUCAGAACGAAUGUGACUACAAAUACAAAGUUGCCAAUGCCUUUGCAAUUGUUACCAACAAGUGAAGAUAUAAGAUUCCGAGAUGUCUGAGUUAAAUAAUAAAUAUAUUAGGCUACAUAUAGACCUAUAUAUUGAAAUACAUUUCUUAUCAAUUGAGUUUAGCUAUUUAUAUGCUACUUUACAUUUUCUGCCUCAAUAGAUUUAAUUUGUAGUCUACAUUAGCGCAAUGAUUUCAAUAAGUAUUUUAUUUUUGGUACCGUUACCCCUUUUUCUCCCCCAAUUUCAUGAUAUCCAAUUGGUAAUUAGUCUUGCCCCAUCGCUGCAACUCCCACUACGGACUCGUGAGAGACUAAGGUCGAGAGCCAUGCGUCCUCCGAAACACGACCCUGCCAAGCCGCACUGCUUCUUGACACACCUUCUCACUUAACCCGGAAGCCAACUGCACCAAUAUGUCGGAGGAAACACCGUUCAGCUGGCGACCGAAGCCGGCUUGCGGGCACCCAGCCCACCACAAGGAGUCGAUGGAGUGCGAUGGGACAAGGAAAUCCCGUCCGGCCUAACCCUACCCUAACCCGGACGAUGCUGGGCUAAUUGUGCGCCACCUCAUUGGUCUCCCGGUCAUGGCCGGCUGUGACACAGCCUGGGAUCAAACCCGGGUCUGUAGUGUUGCCUCAAGCACUGCGAUGCAGUGCUUUAGACCACUGCACCACUUGGGAGGCCCAUGAUUUCAAAUCUUGAUUUAGUGCAUUAUAGGGUAAGCAUUAGAAUAAGCCUCAAUGUUUGUAGCCAUAGGUGAUCUCUAAUAGGAGCUCAUCCAUUGUCAGUAUUGUGGAAUAAUUUGAAUGGUAUGAUUUGAAAGGGAGAACGCUGAUCCGAGAACAGCGCUGUCUUUAUUUAGAUCAUAUCCGUAUCAACAGAUGCCUCAACGACGCACUUGGCGAAUGUUAUCUGCUUGGUGUUUUGGGAAACUCAUGUUACAUCUUUGGCUGUUUUGUAGGAAAGCUGCAUCGUUAAAACAUUAUGUUCCAUUGCUAUUGGGAAACCUGGCCCUGGACAAGUGCAUAGGGAUUAGGGGUUAGAGUUGAUUACCUCUAGAGGCACCAUAGUUUUUGUCAGUUGUUUCUAUACUUUGUUUUUGUAUGUAUCAAGGGAUGAGUGUAGCUUCUCUUUUCCUUGUGUGAAGGACAGGGUAGAUUUGAGUUAAUUUGUUGCCUUUCUCUAGUCUUUCUGUGAAAGACUGUUGCAUGCUGACAUUAUUUAGCUUUUUUACAUGGAACUUUUCCUAAGUGUUCAUGAUCAUGCGAGAACAAAAACGAGACCCCAAUUAUGACUAUAAGUUGAACAAAUAAAUAACCCUCACUUUUAAAGAGUGUUUGAGAUGUGUGUGUGAAAUGCAUAGGGUCAAAUGCAUACAUUUUUAUGUAUAUGUUUGAGGAGGUGUGGACUGACCUUUGCCUUUACUUUGGUGGUGACCUAUUUUAUACACACCUCGAAUGUUUUAUUUGUUUUUUUUACAAAUGACUAAACCUGAGGAUAUUGUAUGAUAUCAACAACAGCCAAAACACCAUAUUAAAUCUUCAAAGAAAAUAAUGAUACAAAUAAAGUAUAUUGAUGUAAUAUUUAUCUUAUUUCA